GUUGAUGCUGACUUCGAAAAUCGUUCAAAGCGCCGAAAGAAUGACCAUGACCUUCCUGGUAGUGGUGGUCGAGUUAUGAAAGAAAGCAGCAGAGGAGAGAGUGAUCGUGAAGACAAUACUGAAGAGGAUCGUUUGAGACGACGUGCUUUGGAAUCUCUUCGUAGGAAAAAGGCUGUCGCUAUAGCUUCUUCCGAUGACGUCUCUGACAGGGCUUGA